AUCUUGGGAGGCUCCUGCUCCUGAGACAUCAGAAGACCAGAGAGGAAGGAGACUCGUCAUCGUCUGGUCUGACCAAGACAAACUCUGAUUCGAUGCACCAACAGAUGCAGAAGAGUCUGCCUCCAGUGCCACACAGCGAUUCUGCAUGGCAGGGCCAGCCUCAGCAGCCUUCCCAGCAGUCUUUGAGUGUCGUCACCACAGUCUGGGGGGUGACGCAAACAAGCGACGCAAAUAGCAUGAUUAACAACUCAUAUAGAGGUCAGGGGGGUAAUAUGAAUGCCCAAUACAACGGUCAACAGCACCCGUUCUCAGCAGCAGCAGUAGGGCAGAGCAAGCCUUAUAACAUGCAAGGGAUGCCAGGCUACAGAGGGCAAGGGGGCCCUUAUAGGGGCCAAAACAGCAUGCAACCUGGUAUGGGAGGACCUGGGUACCCUAACCCGCCCCACAACGUCCCCCCUCACAUGGGACCAGGAGGGGGAGCACCACACCCUGGUCCCCAGAAGCAGGCAGCACCAGGACAGUUCCCGCAGCCAGCGGCCGCUGCAGCAGCAGCAGUGAUGGCGGCAGCAGCAGCGACGGUCAACGCGGGUGCAACGGCAACAGCCACAGCGACGGCUACUGCAACGGUUUGUCUCAAAGAAGAGGACCAGCAACAGAUGGGAGACUAUGGAAUGAGUGGACAGCAGCAACAGCAACAGGGAAUGUACAAUGACCAGUACUACCUUGGGGCACCUCCAGUUAGUCCCAUUCAACAUCAACAUCAUCGUCAUAAUCAACAGAUGAUGCAUCCGGAGAGUGGACAGCAGCAACAGCAGCAGCAACAGGGAAUGUAUAAUAACCAGUACUACCAUGGGGCUCCUCCAGCUAGUCCCAAUCAACAUCAUCAUCCACAGAUGAUGCAUUCGGAGAUGAGACCACAGCAAGAGUUUGUGAAUCAGUACCCACCGGGGGGUGGGAUGCAUCAGAUGGGACCGAUGAUGGGUGGUGGAGGAGGGCCAGGAAAGCAUCCUAUGUACAGUGGACAGGUGCCUAAUAGAAGUAUGGCUGGUCCUCAACCUCAUCCAACUUCCUAUAACAAGAGGCCUUUUCCUGGUCCUCAGGGGUAUAACCCGAAUCCCAUGAAUAACCAAGGCUACCAGAUGGGACCGCAAGGCCAGAUGCCCAUGAAACCAGGCCCUUACCCAGGAGGGCACCCAGGCGGGCACCCAGGCGGGCACCCAGGGGGCCAUCCAGGGGGACAUCCCGGGGGUCAUCCCGGGGGUCAUCCCGGGGGUCAUCCCGGGGGUCAUCCGGGAGGAGGCCAGCCGGGCGGUCCUAUCCCAGGACCCAUGCCCAAUCCCAUGCAGGGGCCCAUUAGGGGAGGUUAUAUCAAUAAACAGGGUAACCAGUUCUUCCCAAGGGGAGGCCCACCACCACAGGGACAUAUGGGGUCCAUGCCAGCACCACAGGGAAUGCAAAACAAUGCACCAAUCAACUUCCAGUCACCGAUGCCGGGUAACCCGACACCGCCCCUUACCCCUAGUCCCAACAUUCCCCCACCUUACAUGUCGCCUACAGGGCCCGGUGACAUCAAACCCUUCCCUAGACCACCAGAUAUGAAGACGGCAGCAAGUGAUGAGAUGUGUAUGACUUUUCCUGUAAGAGAUGGUGUGGUCCUAGAACCGUUCAGGUUAGAACACAACCUAGCCGUCAGCAACCACGUCUUCCACCUCAGACAGUCGGUCCAUCAAACACUUAUGUGGAGAUCGGACUUGGAGUUACAGUUUAAGUGCUAUCACCACGAGGACAGACAGAUGCAUACGAACUGGCCAGCUUCUGUCCAGGUCUCGGUCAAUGCUAACCCACUGACCAUUGAGAGAGGGGAUAACAAGACCUCUCAUAAACCGCUCUAUCUGAAAGGGGUCUGUCAACCAGGCAGGAAUACUAUUCAAAUUACCGUCAGGGCUUGCUGCUGUUCUCAUUUAUUUGUUUUGCAAUUGGUGUACCGACCGACCGUCAAAUCAGUAUUACAACGAUUAUUACGAAAGAGGUUGCUACCUGCUGAGCACUGCAUAACAAAAAUCAAGAGGAAUUUUUCAAGUGUGGCGUCAUCGACUGGUGGACUGAGUGAAGACGGAGUAGAACAGACAGCAAUUAAGGUGUCUCUAAAGUGUCCCAUCACGUACAAACGUAUCACCCUUCCCGCGAGAGGGCACGAUUGUAAGCAUAUCCAGUGCUUUGAUCUUGAAUCCUACCUCCAACUCAACUGUGAAAGAGGAUCAUGGAGGUGUCCUGUCUGCAACAAAACUGCAUUACUGGAAGGUCUUGAGGUUGAUCAGUUCAUGUGGGGGAUACUGACGGCGGUCCAAUCAGCCGACUUUGAGGAGGUGACGAUAGAUGCUUCAGCGAGUUGGAAACCUGUCCCUAUAAAGAGUGAAUUCAAAGAGGAAGAACCAGAUUCAUGUCACGCCCCCAAGAGGCAUAAAGCCAUGUCCCCAGGGAGUAUGACGAUGCCUAGUACGCACCAUUAUGAAGGAGGACCUAGUCCGUCACCUUACCCCGUCCCUAACCUAUCUUCUCCAGCUGAAUUCAAUGGAGCCAUGAGACCAAAUUCAAACGCAAAUCCCAACGUUGGUGGUCCACCUAAUUUCCGAAACUUCCCCGGCUUAUCGCCCCACGGUGCAGGCGGUGGGGGAGGAGGGGGCGGUGGAGGGGCACCACAGACCCCUAAUCCUAACAGCUUCAAUGGUCCAUCAAUGAUGCAAUCAUCGGAUGACAACAUUGCUACUACAGACAUGUAUCCUGUAGAAAAACAGUUUAACCAUGCGUUACCGCCGAUGGGUAUGAAUCAGCCUCACCCAGCCGGUCAACCGUCCCAUAGACACCCCUCACCGAUGCAACACCAUCCAAGGAACAACCCCACUGGUCCUGGUACACCUACAUCUAUCGCUUCACCAAGGUCAAUGCAUACCAGUAAUCCUAACCUAAGACCACCAACACCGGGGGUACCGCCUCAUACACCUGGUAUGGGACCAAGUACACCAGGAGUGGGGCCUAUGACUCCGAACAUGAACCCUCAUACUCCUAACAACAUGCCCCAUACACCAAACAAUAUGAACCCCCACACGCCUAGCAACAUGAACCCUCACACGCCCGGGAACAACAUGCCGCACACGCCCAACAACAUGCCGCCGACGCCGAACAGCAUGGGCAACACCACCUCUACCUCGAUGAUCCAACAACCGCACACGCCGGGUGCCUCCUCCAACCCACCUUCGCAUCCCGGUAUGAACGCCAUCAACCAACGCUCCCACCAAUCACCAAAUCCUGGACCACCUCCGACCACCUCAUCGACCAAUCAGUUACCAGCAUUACUCGGCCACGGCCAAGUGAGCGGCAACCCGACGACCAACGGAAGCACAGUAGGGCUCGACUCUCACUCGAGAAGCAACAGCAUAUCAAACAAUCAGGUCAACAAUGCCAGUCAUAACUUAGACUUUGACCCAGCAGCAGUGAUAGAUGGAGGAGGAGAAGGACAAGAAGGCUUAGAUUUAUUACCGGACAAUAUGGUGGACGUGGACAUUCUGUCAAUACUUGGCCAAAGCGACAAUUCAGCCGCAAACAAUGACAGCGACGAACUCCUUUCAUUAUUUGACUCGUGAGAGUAAGACAAUACAAAACUCAUUUUGAGAUAGACUCCAUGACACGAGAUAGGAAGUGAUGUUAUUGAAUCGGUGCUAGAGAGUGACCGAAGGAGGUUUGCUACUCGGUCAGACCAUGAAAAGUCGAGGAGGAGGGUUGUCACAUAGAUACGGUUUGCAAUCCAAAGACUUCUUGCGUGAGGUCAAGGUAGCUGGAUGCUGUCGCAAUGGUAACAGACAACGCUCAUCUGGCUUCCAUAGGUGAUGACUUACGAGGGCUGUUUGUGAGACAUGGAGAGAUUAUACAGAGGGAUAGACGUGAAGUUUCAUGUUGAGUUUGGAGAAGGAUAUUGCGCUGCUGAAGUAAUGCUGCAGCGUGGCUUACCCCAAGAACAACUCUUCUUCCAGGACGAUGAGAUGGCCCUCUGCUUACUGGUUCCAAGAAUCCUUACCCUUCACCGACAAUCUCAUAAUCAGAUUCACUUCCAUUUCUGAUGGAAACUGAAACAAGUAGAUUUUUUUCAUGUGGCUUAGGGUUUAGAGAUUGUGAAUUGACCAGUGGAUUCUUGAAGUCAAGGACUUGGAGCUGACUAUGGUCACUUUCAUCUUGAAUGAUGUCGCUGUCCACAUCACCUGAGAGGGAAUGUGAUGGGCCCUGCAGCUUCAAUGGCUUCUGCUUCUCUAAGGUCUCUGAUGAUAUCCGCUGCAAGUAGACCAACUCACUCUCAACUUGAGGACAAAAUGCAUCAUCAUCAUCAUCGCCAAGAAGGAUCAGGUUGAUCAAAUUUGGGGUUUGACUUUGGCACGUACUAGGUACAAGAUUUGUAAGGCAUCCAAGACUUCUAUGUUCCUGCAAAUACAAAUUCUUCUAAUCAUCUGUGCAGGCCAUUCUGUACUUCAGCAGAUGUCUUCAAGUACUAGGAGAAAUGAUGCUCAUUGAUGGUUUCUGUAAAACCAUACUGCUUUUUCAGAUUGAGCAACGUUGAAUCACUUAGAUGUCAACAAUUGGGCAUUAGCUGAGAACAUCUCAGACAUCAUGGAUCAAAAAGAGAUGGGGGAAUAUAAGCAUCAACAGCGUGGAUGGAAGUACAUUCAUAUCUUCCCCAAUGGGAGUGGUCAUCAUGUCUUGACGUGUGCGAUGGCUAUAUCACCCCUAGUUAUUCUUGGUAACAUACAGAGAGAACAAGAGCUUGUUUGGUUGAUUGUUGGUUGGGAGACCGGAACGUGAGGCAUGGUCAAGAUGACCAAUAGUUUUCAACGAUUCCAAACAGGAAGCAAGCUCCCUCUACAGAUAAACAUGUUUUUUAAACCUGAAUAUAAUUUCUUGACCACCAAACCAUCUCUGCAAAUGUCCUUCUAUCUGUAAAUACUCAAAGAAUAAUACCUUGAGUUUAUGAACUCAUUUGAUUAUGUUUGCGUGAAGCAAUCCAAGCAACUCGCAAGUUUUGUAUAAAAGAAAGAUAUCACGCAAUUGUGUGAGAUUUAAAGGACAGGAUUUUAUUUUUAUUUGUCUAUUCGUUCAUGUGAAAGGUUGCUAACUUAUUACUGUUUGUGCUUUUGUUGUAAUUUAUUUCUUGUAAAGUGUAAAUUUUUUGACAAAGGUUAAUUACUUGGGGACCUUUUUUCCCCCUAUUUUGUAUGUAAUUCCGAGGAAGAGUUAUAAUUUUUGUUGAUGGAAACCUGUGCUUCACAAUACAAAAUCAUCCCAUACAUUGCCGCUAUGUGAUGUCUGUAAAAUUCAGACUCAUUGGAGAUUACUACAAAAGACAGUGAAGUCAUCGGACAAUUCAGCCAAACUGAACAGUAUUCAAAGCCUAGAUAAUAUACAUUACCAAGCAUGUGAUAGUUUAUACCAUUGACCCAGGACCAUAAUUUAUUUUCCAUGCACUAUUAUCCAUGGAAGGUCAAUAUUUUUGUAUAUUGUACUAUUUUCUUUUUUUAAAUUUAUUUCUUAUGUGAAAGAAACGCCAAAUGACCACCUGACGAGAAGAUUAAAAGAAUAAUAAUGCAGCCUUAUCCAUUAGAAUUCCAAAUUGUAGUAUUAGAAGCAUUCCUAAUGACCUUGUUUUUAGCUGCGGGCGGAUUCCUUGAGCCCAGUUCAUAGAUUGGUUCUCUACUGACUAAAACUGAUGUUUUGUUGUUCUUUUCUGUAGCUGUACCGUUUUAGUAAAACCCAUUGCUCAUAAAUGUGAAUGUUAAACUGAGUUAUAGUUAUGCAUUUGUUUGGUUGGCUGUGAAAGUCAGUGCAUGAACUGAUUUUUUUUUUUUAGAUGAGUCAAUCAAAUAAGUUGGGCCAUUACAUGCAGCUGUUAAGAGUGUAGUUUAAUGAGUUGUUAGAUAAUCACCAUUGUUGUAUUAGCCUUUUAUCAUCUUUCAGUGAAGAACUUAAGAUUUCCAUGAAAAUAAUGGAUCAUAUCAUUUGGAUCAAACCGUGAAACACUUUGUCCCUUGAUUCUCCUUCGCCUUAUUUGCCUGAAUUUUGUGCUUAAAACUGCCCUAACGUACAUGUACCCAUGACAUUUCUUUCCCAACCUUGUGUUGCUCGUUUAAAAUUUUUAUUUUUUGUUGGACAAAGUGGGAAUGAAGGAUACGUUUGAAGGUCUGCUCAACAUUUCUUAAAAAUGAAAUUGCGUUAGUUGUAUUUUUAUUGUUUCCUUUUUCAUGCCCAGUGAAAUAUUGUAUUGUAGAAUAUUUAUUGCCAAAAGGAAUAGAAACGAUCUCGAGCUUUUUAAUAUGCUUAAGAUAUAUUUUUAAAUUUGAAUUGUUUAGAACGAAAGAAAGAGACAAAGAGAGGGGGACGAACGAGAGAGAGUGAGGGGUAGAGAGAUUGAGUGUAUAAGAGAAGAGAGAGAGAGGGGGAGAAAAAUAUAUUGUUUUAGCAAGGGAUGAAAAUGUUUUAAUUGAAAGGCUAUAUUGAAGCCCUUUUAAGGGGAGCAUUUUUGUCAUGCUCAUGUUUUGUAUAAUGUAAAUACUUGGCUUUUUGAGGAUAAUCUCAGUAUAUUUAUGCAGUAAUACUGAUUAAUGUUGAUAAAUUAUAUAUAUGAAAUACUUCAUUUCAGGAAUUGUGACAGGGGAAAGAAUAUUUGUUUUCUUCAAAAUGUCUCUUAGCUUUCCUAGACACUAAACUUUUUGGGACUAUUGGUUCUAACAAAAUAAUUUUCAUUCGUCUGAACGGCGAUACUCUGCUAAUAAUCACUUGUAUUCAGCAUUGUAAUUAUGAGACCCUAAGUUAAGUUAUUUUUUCUUUUCUGUAAAGCAAUUCUUUUUUUUAACAAAUAUUUCUUGAUUUGUAAUUUACAUGUAUUUUUGUUUAUAUGUAUUAUUGCCCUUUUUGUUUUGUUUUUCAUGUAAAACGACACGAGAGAAAAAAAAUAAUUGUCUUUCCUCCAAGUUCAAUGUAUUUGUACAAUGUACAUAGGUAUUUCUGAAACACAAGAAUGGGUUGAAUUUGAAUUUUCUUUUUUAGUGUAUGAAAGAAAGAAAGAAAAUGGUCUUUUCUUUAGCUUGAGAUAUACAUAUAAUAACCUUGGUGCUUUCUUGUAGUAGGGUAAUGAAGGGGAUCAAGGCAGUUUGGUCACAUACAGACAUUGAGACGAUGCGAAGUGCCAAAUCUAUUUUCAGGAAGCGACUAUUAACACAAAGAACAAAGAAUGUUUCUCAAAAGAUGAUUUAAAUUUCAUGUUCUUAGAAAAGUAAUGUAGAAUUGUUAUCAUUUUCCCUUUUAGUUUUGAUAUCUAAUUUAUUUUAUCAAGAUCAAAGAAUUGAUCAGAUCAUAAUCUAUUUUUAGAUUUUUUUUCUGAUAUGCUUAUUUUUUUAUAGUUUCUUUUGUAGUAUCCAAUAUGACGAGGAUGAUUCGUGCUCCUAAAUAUUGUUUAUUUUUACAUUUACCAUUUCUUUAUAAUGGGAUCGGUCCUAUAAACAUUCCAGCUUAGAGUGGUAUCUACUUACCGAGUCAAGUUUUAUGACUUUAAAAAAUCAAUCUUUUUUAUUUCUCUUAUUAAAUUUUCUGAUAUCGCUAAAAUAACCUGCAAAGUGCUGCUUUAUCAUUUGCCCAUAUUCAUGUUCAGAAACAAAAAUAUUCAAUCCUGUCACCCAUUAUUCAUGAAUUAUCUCAGAACGAUUUUGAGAAAUCACUUAGAUGUUUAUUCCUUUUCACUUGAAAGUAAAUAAUAUUUGCUAUGCAAGGUUCAUUUUACCCCUAUAUCCCGUGCAAAGUUUAAGAGUGUCGUAAAUUCUCUUGGUAAUUUCUCUACCCUAUAUAUGCAUUAAAGAGAUACCAUGCCUCUUUUUUUUUCAAAAUUAAAGUUCCUUUUUUUUUAAUUGGUAUCCUUAAUUUUUCAAACGGUUGACAUUUAAGUGACAAUGAUCAUCAUUGUAUACUGUUAAAUUAUAAGCAGUAGGUUCUUACAGUAUGUUUGGAUAAUGCAUUUUAAAAGAACCCUUUUUCUACUUAUUUUUUAUUUGCGAACAGUGAAAAUCAAUUGACUGAUAUUUUCUUUCUUUUUAAAUCAAGUUCGUAAUAUCUUUUUCUUUACAACCCAAGUUCCAGAUAAAGCAACGGUAUGCCUGUUAAUUUCCAUGCAAUAUUAAAUCGCAGAGCACCUUGAAUUGUUAAUAUAAAAGGUUUUUGGCCCAAACAAUUUUCUAAAUAAAUAAACCAGAUAAGAUAUGAAUUUUGAAUUCCCAUAGUGCUCCACAUUUUGGCUGCUGCUCUUAAAGUUGAUAUCAAACUAUGACAGUUUACAUAGGAAACGGACUGUAAUUUUUUAACACCAAAUUCUUAGAAAAUUUGAAUAAACAACAGUGAAAUCUGUGGAGCACACCUGCCAAACCAAUGUUCAGAUAUUUUUGGCAAGAGAAUGAGAGAUAAUGGCUACAGUAUAAGACAAUGGCUUGAAUACACAGUUUACCACAUACUGUAACUAUAUUAAACAGACAUUUCACUCUUGGAACAAACAUCUGUUAUGGGGUAAGCUCCCAAAUUUGAUAUAGUUCCCCAUGAAAAACUUCUAUUUUUGAUAAGAAAACCAUGAUUUUUUAGGACAUUAAAGCUACUGCAAAUACAUGUAUUUCCUUUUAUUUUCCCAAUUUUGUUCUUCAACUCGUGAAAUCAUAUUUGGACAGUGACUAUUAGAUUUUGUCCGAGUUUAUUUACUGUGGUACAUUGUCAUUCAGAACUCUUGCGACCAUGCCUGUUAGUAAAUGUUGAAAUAAUUAUUAGUCUAUGUGAAUGUUUGACCGGACUAGACGAUUUUAACUUAAAAAGAACAUAUCUGUAUAUACAUCUACUUAAUUGUCAUAUCUGUAUUUAUGUGGGACAAAAACAAUCGGGUACAGACAAUAAUCAUAUCAAACAUUGUUCGUUCUCGUUUGUUUUUAUCUCUGACCAGAAAUCAGUAUUUUGAAGCAAUACCAGCUCAUAAUAACCGCGAACCUCUCCAGAAAUUCAAUUUUAGCAAUCUUAAAUUUGAAUAAUACAAAGGCACUAUGAUAAAAAUAAUCAUCAUUCUUCAAUAUGAAGAUAUUGUGAUUGUUCCUUUUUUGAGAAAUAAUGAAAUAAGGGCAUGUGUGAGGAGAUCAGGUGGAAAGAAGGGCUAUUUCUCGUCUUAUUUAUGUACAGAUGUGAAGAAAAAAAAGAAGAAAAAAAGGUAGUUUGUAGAAAGAAUGCUGAAUGCGUUCUCUUGUUGCCAUUCAAUAUUUAUCUAAUAAACAAAAAUACAUUGAAA